AUGUCAGCUUCAGUACAAACAGUGGCUUCUCAGUCGUGGGUCAAGUUGAACCGCUUGCCUAUCGCAAGAAGCACGAAAAUAUGGCACAAGGCAGUGCCUGAUUUACUCAUCAAGAGCCACGGCCUCACGAAGGGGCAACCUUUUUCUAGGCUGUUCCAUACCAGGUCCCCACGUCGAGAGCCCUUGAAGGUGGAAAGCUCUGAGUUCAAGGGAAAGUUUGACCACAGCCUCACUACCACGCGCGUGUUUCGUGCCGAAAACGUCCGCCAGAACCAAUCUCCUCACCAUAAUCUCUCCGGGCGAGUUUUUAUAGUCACAGGUGGCGCUCAAGGCCUGGGGCUUUCGAUGGCAGAGGGCCUGGCGGAAGCUGGCGGGAAAGUUUACUGUCUUGAUCGUGCCCCCGAGCCAGCCCCAGAAUGGAGAGAAGCUCAAUCUCGCGUCGUGACUGAAUGGGGAGGAUCAUUGCAUUACAGGCUGCAAGAUGUCACAGAUACGACACAUCUCAAUGAAUUGAUCACAGAAAUUUCUGAGGAACAUCGGCGAUUGGAUGGAGUCGUUGCUGCGGCUGGAAUCCAGCAACUCAUUCCUGCCAUCGAUUACCAGGAGAACGACGUCGCGCGUAUGUUGGCCAUCAAUUACACCGGCGUUUUCAUGACGGCAACUGCUGCAGCACGCCAAAUGCUCAAGUACAAAUGCAAAGGCAGCAUCUGUCUCAUAGCAAGCAUGUCUGGUCUUGUGGCCAACAAGGGCCUAUUGUCCCCGGUAUACAACAGCUCUAAGGCCGCGGUGAUUCAGCUCGCCAGAUGCCUGGCUAUGGAAUGGAGCCCUACCCGAAAAGACGGAACUGGAGGCAUUCGCGUCAAUUGUAUAUCCCCUGGACACAUUCUGACCCCCAUGGUCCGCAAAAACUUUGAGGAAGUGCCUGGCCUGAAGGAGAAAUGGGAGCGCGAGAACAUGAUGGGCCGUCUCGCCGACACAAGUGAGUUCAAGGGCGCGGCAGUAUUUCUGCUUAGUGCUGCGAGUAGUUUCAUGACGGGGAACAAUAUGAUCAUCGACGGUGGGCACACGUCGUGGUAG